UCGCGCUCCUGAUUACCCAGAAAGCUGGUGUGACUCUUGCUUGCGGCUUUUCGUUCGUGUUCUGGACAAGCAUGGGUCGGAGGAGAGCGCCAGAGGGUGGAACCCUUGGCCGGGCUCUUAUCCGCCAGCAAGUUCAACGGAGCCGUAGCCACCGCCACCCUGACUCCUGGCUGCACACAAGUGAGCUCAACGAUGGGUAUGACUGGGGUCGACUUAAUCUUCAGUCCGUGACGGAACAGAGUUCCCUGGAUGACUUCCUUGCCACUGCGGAACUUGCAGGAACAGAGUUUGUAGCUGAGAAGCUUAAUAUUAAAUUUGUGCCUCCUGAGGCUAGAACUGGACUGCUAUCUUUUGAGGAGAACCAGAGAAUUAAGAAACUCCAUGAAGAAAACAAACAGUUCCUGUGUAUACCAAGGAGACCAAAGUGGGACCAAAAAACUAGCCCAGAAGAACUCAAACAGGCAGAGAAAGAUAACUUUCUAGAAUGGAGACGUCAGCUUGUCCGGUUGGAAGAGGAACAAAACCUGAUAUUGACACCAUUUGAAAGAAAUUUGGACUUUUGGCGCCAACUCUGGAGGGUGAUUGAGAGAAGUGAUAUCGUGGUCCAGAUAGUAGAUGCUCGAAAUCCGCUCCUGUUUAGGUGUGAGGAUUUGGAAUGUUAUGUGAAAACCAUUGAUGACAAUAAGGAGAAUGUUAUUCUAAUAAAUAAGGCAGACUUGUUGACUACCGAGCAGCGGAGUGCCUGGGCUGAAUUCUUCGAAAAAGAAAAUGUGAAGGUCAUUUUCUGGUCAGCUUUGGCUGAAGCCAUUCAACUGAUGGAUAACUCUAAGGAAGAAGUAAACGGAAACCCUGGAGAAGCUAUCACAGCCGAGUUUGAAAACUCCAGUUGUGACGAAGCUGAAAUUCUACACAAAGAGACUGAACAUCUUUCACUUGGUGAAGUUGCCAGUAGUGAAGAAGAUGAGAGUGAGUAUGAGGACUGUCAGGAGGAGGAGGAGGAGGACUGGCAGACGUGUUUGGAAGACAGCAGCGGCCCUGAUGAGGAAGCCUGUGGCCAGGACUGCAAGGAGGGCCAUACCGUGGAUUCUGAGGCUCAAGGAAGGAACGCCCCACAAAAGAGGCAAAUAAGCAAUUUUAGUCACUUGGUAUCAAAGCAGGAAUUGCUCAAGGUCUUUAAGCAGCUGCACUCUGGAAAGAAGGUGAAGGAUGGACAGCUUACUGUUGGACUGGUGGGCUAUCCAAACGUUGGUAAGAGUUCAACAAUCAACACCAUCCUGGGCAACAAGAAGGUGUCUGUGUCUGCUACGCCUGGUCACACCAAGCAUUUUCAGACUCUCUAUGUAGAGCCUGGCCUCUGCUUGUGUGACUGCCCAGGCCUGGUGAUGCCGUCCUUUGUCUCUACCAAAGCCGAGAUGAUUUGCAGUGGAAUCCUCCCGAUUGACCAGAUGAGAGAUCAUGUCCCACCUGUAUCACUAGUUUGCCAGAAUAUUCCAAGACAUGUUUUAGAAGCUACAUACGGCAUUGACAUCAUAAAGCCUAGAGAGGAUGAAGAUCCCCAGCGACCUCCAACAUCAGAAGAACUGCUGACGGCUUAUGGAUGUAUGCGAGGAUUCAUGACAGCACAUGGACAGCCAGACCAGCCUCGAUCUGCGCGCUACGUCCUGAAGGAUUAUGUCAGUGGUAAACUCCUGUACUGUCAUCCUCCUCCUGGCAGAGAUCCUGUGACCUUUCAGUACCAACACCGGCGACUCCUGCAGAAAAAAGUGAAUGGUGGGGAAAUAAAACUGCAGGUGGUUAGAAAUAAAAAGGCAUACCAGAUUGAAAAUGUAGUGGACAAAGCUUUUUUCCAUCAGGAAAAUGUGAGAGCUCUGACCAAAGGAGUCCAGGCUGUGAUGGGCUACAAGCCUGGGAGUGGCUUGAUGACAGCAGCUGCUGUGAGCUCUGAGAGGGGGCCUGGGAAGCCCUGGAAAAAACACGGCAACAGAAACAAAAAAGAGAAAAGCCGCAGACUCUAUAAGCACCUGGAUACGUGAACUUGGACGCAACAGAACUGGCACCUUUGCUGUGCAUCUGUGGUGCUAUGGGUGGGCCCUUGUGAUGCACACACAGCAGCCGGUGUUAAGACCAAGGGGCUCCUUAGAGCACCAGCUCAGACCAGCAGUUGUCUCAGGUUCCCAGGACCCUGCUCCUGUGGAAGGCCGAGUUUAAGAUGAGGGAAUUUAUGAUGUAUAUUUGUGUAAAUAUAUACACAAGUGCAGAGUAAUUUAUAAAUUGGGAAUUUGGGGGAAAGAUUAAAGUUCAGCUGCUACUUGUGGGUUUUUUAUUGGCUCCUAUAGAUUUAUUGCUAUUUGGACAUUUCAGAUUCUUUAAAUGAUUUUAACUUGCUAAAACAUGGCUGGAUUUUUUAGUACAUGAUUAAAUUUGUGAUACUCUUGAGUGUCCACCUCAGA